AUGGCAUGUGGAAGGAGCUGCAGCAAAAGUAGAGCACUUAGAAUACACCAACUAACUCAUACAGGGGAGAAACCAUUGGAACGUAUUGAAUGUGGGAAGAGCUUCAACAGGAAGGAUAAACUUACAUUACAUUGGCGAACUCCCACAGUGGAGAAGCUUAAGUCAAUAUGGAACCUUAGGAAACAUCCUCUGACUCACAUGGGGAAAGCCAGAUUUAUGAAACGUGGAAAGAGCUUCAGAGGGAGUGAAGACCUUACUAUCCAUAAGAAAAUUCACACAGGCGGGAAACCAUAUAAAUGUAUGGAGUUUUCCACUCAGGUUUUACCAGAUUUCCUGGGAAGUGAAGAUUACUGUCAAGUCUUUGGAUGUACAGAAAAGAAUUUGGCAGUGUUUGUUUUCAGUAAUAAUAAUAGCAACAGCAACAAUAAUAACAAUAAUUUAUGCCACACCCAUCUGGCUGGCUUUCCCUGCGGCAGAGCCACUCUUGGUGGCUUCCAACAAAAUAUUGAAAUACAAUAG